AUGCUUCUCUACCUUGUUCGCCACGGCCAGACGGCUCUGAACCAAACCAACACCAACCAAGGCCAAUCCCUCGACCCCCACCUUUCUUCCAAGGGCCUCGCCCAAGCCCACACCCUCGCAUCCCACCUCGCCCUUGUCCCCUUCACCUCCGCCUACACCUCCCCCCUGCACCGCGCCCUCGAAACCGCCGAAGUCAUCCUCGACGCCCAAGGCAAAGGCCGCGACGACAAGCGCAUCAAAGUCAAAAUCGACGACCGGCUCAUCCCUCGCGGUAUGGGCAUUGCCGAAGGCAGGGAGUGGGAAGAGGUGGAGCAUGAGUUGGGGAGUGGCGAGUUUGGAGUGGAGGAGGAUGAGGCGGUCAGGAGGAGGCUGAGUGGGUGGUUGGGUUCGUUGUUGAAGUUGCAUACGCCGGCGGGGGCCAGGACGCCGGGGACGCCGAGCUUCGGGUUCACGAGGGCUAAGAAUGGCGAGGCGGUCAACCCAUUUGAGCUGAUGAAGGCUCUUCCCAGACCGGGGAUCAGCAGGACACCGACAACGGCCGCUGGUGGCGGCUUGGGCUCGGGUGUAGUACUCUGCGUCACCCAUCAAGAAUGUCUCACAGCACUCCUUACCCUCCUCAUGCCAUCCUCCUCGCCUCCCGCCUCUCCUAAUCCGAGCAAGGGCAAGGUGAACAUCAAGCGACCUUUGAUCGACGUGCAGAUCCCCGAGAGCGUCAAGUUGAGGGAGAAUGUGGGGAACACGGGGGUGGCAAUUUUGAGGGUGUGGUGGGAGGAGGGAGAGGAUGGGGAGCUGCAGCCGAAAGGGCGAUUGGAGGCGUGGGGGAUGGAUGAGCAUCUGGAGAUUGAGGAUUAG